AUGGUUGCCCCAGAAGGUGCAGUUUAUUGCACUCUGCUUCUGAGUGACAACUACCUGCCUGGUGCCGUGGUCCUCGCCCACUCAUUGCGUGACAAUGGCUCCCAGGCUAAGCUGGUCGCUCUCUACACGCCGGACACGUUGCAGCCGGCAACACUCAGUGAGCUUCAGUCAGUUUACGAUGUGCUCAUACCUGUGUACCGGACGACAAACCACACUCCUGCGAACCUCUGGCUCAUGGAACGCCCAGACCUAAUAGCCACGUUCACCAAGAUCGAGCUCUGGCGACAGACACAGUUCAAGCGCAUUGUAUACAUCGAUUCUGAUGUGGUAGCCAUUCGCGCCCCGGAUGAGCUUCUGAGUUUGGACGUGGAUUUUGCCGCUGCUCCAGAUGUCGGCUGGCCCGAUUGCUUCAACAGCGGAGUAAUGGUACUGCGACCUAACCUGCAGGACUACUAUGCGCUGAGGGCACUUGCGGAACGGGGUAUCAGCUUUGAUGGCGCCGACCAGGGGUUGCUCAACAUGCACUUUCGGAAGUGGCAUCGGCUGAGCUUUACGUAUAACUGUACACCGAGCGCAAACUACCAAUAUGUUCCGGCGUACAAGCAUUUCCAGAGUACGAUCAGCAUGAUACAUUUUAUUGGAUCACAGAAGCCUUGGAACAUGCCGCGACAGGUGGCGCCCUUUGAUUCGCCGUACAAUCAAUUACUGGGAAGAUGGUGGACAAUAUACGAUCGACAUUAUCGGCCUGUGCCUGUGGAACAAAUAUACCCAAGUAGCCGAUCGCUAACCCUACCCCCACCCAAUGAACCCGUUCCCGAGAUAGUCCAAACGACGACCUUUUCAGAGCCCACACAACAGCAGCAUACUGAACAGGCGCCUUUUGUUUCCGCACCAGCGCAUGACCAACAAAGACAGCCGCAGCCAGAGUUCUCAUCAUACACGCACAGCACGCCAGAGCCGGAGCACCAUCCACGAGUAGAGGCAGCGCAUGAUACGACACGAGUGUUUCAUCCGUCGGAGCCCCUUCAGGUGACGUGGGCCACAGAACAGAGCCAACCCGUCCAGGCGGAGCCUUCUCAUGAGCACUAUCACGAGCACUAUAACGAGCAUCGCCAGGAACACCGCCAAGGACACAAUCAUGUUCACCACCAUGAGCACGAACAACAGCGUCAUCAGCAGAUCCAUCAAGAGCGGCACCAAGAGCAGCCACGAGAACACCACCCUCCUGAUCCGAUUGUCAGUGCGGUUCCACAAUAUGUUCGUGGAGAAGAGCAUGUCAGGACCUAUAUACAGCCUCAGCAGCAUCGGCAAACCGCUCCGCACUUUGUACAACGUCUCCCAGAGCAAGAACACACAGUGGCCUCAGAGCCAGUUCAUCAUCCGGACCACGGUCAACCUGACGCCCAUCAUCAGCAAGUACCUCCAGUAGUGGAAACUCAUCGCGAACCGACACCUCAGCCACCACCAGAAACGACCUUUGAAGCUCCCAAGGCUGAAUGGGAUGCGUCUCGUGAGCCGCCACCGCUAAACUCGAAGCCAGAAGGAAUCGCAUUAGAGACGAAAACAUAUACUAUGUCUGAAGACCACCAGCUUUUUCAACCCCCGGAGUCUUAUCCGGAAGCCCCGAAAAAUAUGUACUACCAAGUGCCCCCUACAAAACCACAACCAGAGAAACUUGCUCGGAUAUUUCCCUGGGAAACGAACGCGCCAAAGCCGACUCGUGUUUUUGCUAAUGAUGAGCCACAAUUCCGACAAACAACCUUGCCAGAGUCUCCUAAAGAAGAAUCACGGACAUCCCAAUCUUCCCUACAGGCAUCCUCGACAUCGGAGGCUACUAGCCUACUGAGUGAAUCAUGGGAUACCUACUCCCGGUCCAACGCGUGGGACGAAGUCCCCGAGAUCCAACAGUAUAUACACACCAUUCAACAAGCCCGCAAGGGCAAGAUCCAGGUCCUCUCCGGUGGUCCCAAUCCACAGAAAUCUCCACCAAAUCAGGACCCAAGGGGCGGGAGCAGUGGAAUGCGGGUAACCGACUUCCCGAGCGAAAUCGAACGGCCCAGUCUCCCUGUCACCCCAGCACCAAUCCACCGCCCUCCGGCCCUAGGAAGCCCGGACGAAUACACGUCAGACCAACUUCCCGCCGCAAAAGGCGUGCCAAACCAGGAGGACUGGAAUCCUUCAGUCAGCCUCGAAGAGCUGCGGCGGCGCCAGUCCGGCGUCUUGGACAAUCCAGAAUCGCUCGUUGAGCGGUUGACUAAGAUCCUCUACAAGGAAUCUUAG